CAACAACCUUGGACAGACCGGCCGGGCGAAGGCCAGUCUCUCUCUGACUGCCGCAGAUUCCAUUCAGCGCGUCCUUCCCCUCUUUGUAACACCUUCACGAGGCUGCGAUUUCCUAGUGAAGACGUUUGGAAAGCUUUUUGUUUCGACAUCACAGUUUCCCAGCUCAUCGAUCUAAGAUUCUUGAGAGAGCUCCACUCUUAGCAGGCAAACAACUACUACCGACCUCAUCGUGAAGCAGCCCAGACGGACCGGCUUGCAAUAAGAGGUUCUAUUUGUGGCGAAGGCGAGCGUCCGAUUUUGCCAUCGCCAUAGGCACUGUCCCAUAGCCCUUCACUUGGCGACUACAACCAUGGCUUCAGUUCCCUACUGCACAGACACCUGGGACCCUAUGGAUUUAGACGACUCAGACUUUUACGGUGACGAGGACACCACCCAGAGUCUCCAACGCCGCGUGGCAGAGUUCGACCCCAGCGAAGGGUUUCGCAACCAAAAUGCCAGCACAGCCCGCCCGCCGCAGCAGACAAACUUCGCUGAGGAACCUUCUCGUUUUCACAACCCCUAUGCUGGGGUGCCGUACGCCUGGCAGUUGACAGAAACGGUUGACGACUUUCUUGCUCGUCUCCCGCCUUUGACUACAGAACAGAGCGGGCAGGUCCCGUGGAUUUUCAUAUGCAACCCGUACAUACCCAGAGAGGAGAAACGCAACGGCGACAGCGGCCUUAUCAAAGGGAACGAAGAUGAGGCACCGACGGAGGAAGGAAGCAAGGUCCAGUGGGUCGUCCAGGGCGGCAUGGAGAGACUCGGAAUACUGGAAGACGUGCACCGGAUGCUGCAAGAGGCAGGCAAGUCGGAAUCUUUUAUCCGGCAAGAGAUGUAUAAGCAGCGCAAGAAAGCUGGCUUAGACAUAUUGCACUUGGCACACGCGGGCAAGGUUCGCACAGGCAAGUGGCUAUUGUUCUGCCCACCUGCAGAGGUAAACGAGACCUGGGCCAUGCUUGCCAACGCCACGGCCAACAAUGAGCUCGGCAUUGCUGCCAAAGUUGCCCCGCGACCGGCUUCUGGGGACGAGAGGAAGGAGCGCCUGAUUUGCGUCUACACGGCCGACUUUCAUGACAAGGCUGAUGUCGGCCGAGUCCUUAAACGGCUGCGGGAGCUGAGAUUGGUCGAAUCAAAAGGACGCGUGCUGUACUACAAGCCCGAUAUUUACACGUACGUUGGCAUCGCUCAUGGCAACCCAUGGGGUCUGGGCGCAUCAAUAUAUAGCUCCAGAGACGUGUUCUAGAGCAGAGCGCGCUGGUGUAUGAGGUGACCUCCGGGACGGACAACGUGAAGAAAGGAACUGAACAAGAUUGAGGCUCACAAUAUGAGUGUUUGAUUGAAAUACAAGGCGAUUCUCGCUCCGCU